AUGGGUGGGGGAGAUAGCCUCAAUUCUGUUGGCAUUUUGAAGACGUUGACUACGGCUGCAGGUUGGAUACUCACUGUGUCAGUCGCUGUCAUUGUUGCUCGAUUGGUGCUGUCCGCCAUCUACAAUGUCUACUUCCAUCCACUCCGCAACUUCCCAGGACCUAAAUUCGCAGCAGCUACACCUUUACCCUUCGUAUGGCGCCUUCUCAAUGGCCGAAUGGUCCACUGGAAUAUGAUGCUGCAUGCAAAGUACGGCGUGGUGGUUCGGGUGCAUCCGGAUGAGCUGUCUUUUAUCGGGUCUUCCGCCUGGCAAGACAUUUACACUGCUCGUCCACAGCUUCCCAAGCCUACAUUCGGAGUGCUAGAGACACCGGGUGGCGUACCCAGUAUUGGAACCAUUCCAGACGCUGAGACCCAUGGCCGCCAAAGGAAGAUCAUCAGCCACGCUUUCUCCGACCGGGCACUGCUGAGCCAAGAGUACAUCUUGCAGAAGUACAGUGACCUUCUAAUUGAUCGACUACGAGAUCAGCCUAAUCUCCAGGAUGGUAGUCUCGAUAUCUGCUCCUGGUACAACUUUGUGACAUUCGACGUUCUCGGCGAUCUAUGUUUCGCGGAGUCCUUUCAUUGUCUCGAGACUGCGGAAAAUCAUCCUUGGGUUGCCUCAGUCUUCAUGGGGGUUAAAGCAGCCCAGCUGUUCACCGUAUUUCACCACUUCCCACCUAUGAGUACCAUCGUUAAAUUUUGUCUACCCCAAUGGGUCCAUGACGAAGCUCAGAAGAGUUUUACCUUUACCCGAGAACGUGUGGACAGACGCAUCGCCUCCAAGUCAGAUAGGCCGGACUUUAUGAAACACAUUCUUCACAACAAUUACCCAGGAGGUUUGAGCAGAGACGAUAUCGAUUCGACAACCACUUUGCUUGUGCUUGCGGGCAGCGAGACAUCGGCUACGACUCUUACCUCAGCCACUUAUUUCGCUCUGAAGAACCCCACUGUCAUGCAGAGACUCGUGCGAGAGAUUAGAGAAACCUUCAAAAGCCAACGAGACAUCACAGUCGCAGCUGUGUCCAAUCUACCCUACGUACAUGCUGUCAUCCAAGAAGCGCUCCGUAUGCAUCCAACAGGCCCAAUCUCGGUCCCUCGGCAAGUGGAUAGGCCUGACGUGGAAGUCUGUGGCAUGCCAGUUCCGAAAGGAGUACGAGUUGGAAUCCCCCAGAAGACGGCUUUCCGAUCUCCGUCAAACUUUGUCGACCCAGACACAUACAUACCAGAGCGUUGGCUCGAAGGUGCGGACCCUCGAUUCGCCCAAGACGAUAAAGCUGUGUUUGAGCCUUUCAUGGUUGGGCCUCGAAAUUGUAUUGGGAAGACGUUAGCCUGGGUGGAAAUGAAGAUGGUACUCGCCAAAGUCCUAUGGAACUUCGAUCUGGAGUUAUCUGAGAAGAUGAUGGGAAGAGAUUGGUCUGAUCAAAAGGUGUACUUGCUGAACGAGAAGACACCGAUGUAUGUUAAGAUGAGGCCCAGGCUGUAG